UGUACAUCGAGUGCAUCGACGUUCUACCUACCUGGACUGGAACAACGAGCAGAUUCAUUCCAUUGCUUUUGUCUGCCAGUAAGCGCUGAGCGCUAAUUGGUCCUGGCUUAGGAAACGGAAAGAAGGCAAGCACAUUACAUAGCGCGCACCGCGGUAGGAAAGAGUCUUAGGAGAGACGGGCCAUGGCGUCGUUCAGUUGCAGAACCAUCGUCUGCGUGGUCUGCUUGGAAAAGCCCAAAUACCGCUGUCCGGCCUGCCGUGUGCCCUACUGUUCGGUGACCUGCUUCCGGAAGCACAAAGAGCAGUGCAACCCUGAAACUCAUCCUGUAAAGAAAAAAAGUUCAUCUCUUCCUAUAAAAACUACAAAGCCUGUGGAAGACAAAGAUGAUGAGUCAUCUAUAGCUGAUUUUCUCAAUAGUGAUGAGGAAGAGGACAGAGUUUCCCUGCAGAAUUUAAAAAAUCUAGGGGACUCUGCACCACUGAGGAGCUUACUGCUCAAUCCACACCUUAGACAGCUGAUGGUCAGCCUCGAUCAGGGGGAUGACAAAGCAAAGCUCAUGAGAGCUUAUAUGCAAGAGCCCUUGUUUGUGGAGUUUGCAGACUGCUGUUUAAGAAUUGUGGAACCGUCCCAGAAUGAGGAUUCUUAAGAUGGAUUAUUGUGCUGCUUGCCUCAAGCAUGUGUUUGACUCCCAAAGCCUACGACCUCCUCCCAGGAGACCAGCUAGUUUGGAGAGGCCUUGCUGGGGCCCUCAGCACAGGAGGAGUUCAGGAUGCCGACCAGCUGCUUGAUGUAAGCUAUGUGGGUCUUCACCUCCACCAACACGGACUCAUGUUUCAGGCAGGUGGGAGUACUCAGAAUGGCAAAUCCUUUAUGGAGAGAAAACUUGACAUUCAGAUGGUUGUUUUAAAAUGUUUUAUUUUGGGUACAGCUAAGAUUGACAUCAUAAAUGAUAUCAUUUAUCAAGUUUUUUACACCUGUUUGAGCUAAAAACUUGACUGAUGUACUAAAUAAAAUCAAGAUGUGGUGGUUCUAUUGUAUGUUUCAUCAUCCUUGGUUUAUGAUAUUCUGGUUAUUUGAAAUUACAUUAA